CUUGGAUAUCUUGCUUCAAAAAAAGCAAUUCCCCUCUUGUGUACCACUCAGUACCGAAGUGACUUCCUAUUGAAGCCAGGAUUCUGCGAUAUUGAGGAUGUCAAUUGUAAAGAUAAGAUACCAAAGUUUUUAAAGUGCUGAAAGCUCGCCACUGCUGCAAUCUUCACACUUAUCUUUACCUAGGUAUCCGUUGAUUAAACAAGAUGUUCCCUAAUCAACGAGAACGUGGUGUUGAAGGUGACGGAGCCUCUGGGCUUGAGGGUCAUCUACGAAAUAUGAUUCUCACGAAUGCUAACGCCAAUGCCAAUACCAAUGCCAACCAAAGCACCAAUCCAGCGGGCACUCCUUCCACGUCAAGAAGGCGACCAAAUCAGGCUCAACGACGUCAGAUGCAGUUCACAGUCAGCCCCGAGCCUCGGCAGCAGCUUCCGGCUAGGAAUGCCCAAUGGCCACCACAGCAGCAGCAGCAGUCUCGUUCAACCUCAGGCCCGAGACCCUCAGACUUUCCCCGUUCUCGAAAUUCAUGGAACGGUCCUCCACAGGCAUCUGCGAAUAGGCCUCAAUACCAGAGUUCAUCGGCCAUGAGACAAUAUAAUGCAGCCCCGUCUCGUGGUGCACAUCAUCAGAGCUCAGGGUCAUUUCACUAUCAACAUCGCUCCAUCAGGCCCGAAGAAAUCGCGAGCCAGGCCCGCCUACUAGAUAUGUUAUGUCAUCAGGUCUUGAGUCACUCCGAGAUCGACAGGUCCGAGAUAGCUGAAAAGGAAGCUUUUCGUCAACGUAUAGAGCACAUCUGCCGCGAAGUCAUUAGCCAGUUUGAAGCUGGUCAGUUUGAAGAACAACCGGAUAUAAACAACAGGAUCCCCCCCUUUUCCGUGGAGCUGAAGUGUUUUGGCAGCUUGUCUUCUGGUUUUGCUACAAAAGCCUCUGACCUGGACCUGGGCUUGGUAUCGCCUCUGUCCAAGAUUCCACCUGAUGCUCCUGGUUCCCCUAUACCUCGACUGAUUGAAAAGGCAUUCUUGCAGGCAGGGCUUGGUGCCAGGCUUCUAAGUCGCACGAGAGUCCCAAUUAUCAAGAUAUGUGAGCUUCCUCCUGAAGACCUCUUUAAAGGUCUAUUGGAAGCACGCGAGAAAUGGGAGCGUGGCCUUGAUAAAGAGACUCAAUCCGGAGCUGCUGAAAUAGAGCCUGACAAUGAUGGCUCUGUUCGAGGCGAGGACGAAGAUCACGAACAAAGCGGAGUCACCGAGACUGGUUCAGAUUCGUUGGGCGAAUUUGAGAUACUCUGCAAGGACUCUACUGAACCACAGCGAUUUCGACUUCAACAAGGCCCUAAAAACUCACUAGAUUCCUAUUAUAGUCUAGCCAAGCGCAUUUUACGGAGAGCUGGUGGCUACGAUAUUACUGCUUCAAACUGCAAAGAUUUUACGGCAGCCGACUGGGACAUUCUAAACCGUGUCUGUUACGCAUUUGUCCAGGGGCUAGCAGACGAUUCUCUGCGGGAUCAUGUUGCCAGACUUCCUUCCAUCGCUGCAGCGAAUGCCCGUUCAAACUCACUCGACCAUCGCUCUCUUUUUGGAGUGUUUAUGCAAGUAGAGGGAGAAAACAUACUGCGCCAAUGGAAGUCAUGGCGCGAAGGGCUCCCUCUAAGACAACCUGAGGAUGACAAAGUCAUAAGGCAGUGGGAAUCUCUGCAACUUAGGUCAUUGCUGGAUAUUGAACCUGUCACAUACAACAGAGAACUUCAAUUGGCCCUCGAGAAGCUCAAGAAAAUUCCCUCCGUUCAACUAUUGCUGUUUGAGCAAGAUCAACAAGAGACACCUUCGCAAUAUUACACCAGGAUAAAGAGCAUCGUAAACAGCUUAGGAAUCUCGGCGCCCGCACCUCAAUCAACCAUAACCAGCCGAUAUGUUGCUGGGGUAUUUCGUGAAGAGAUACGAGAUCAACUGAGUGGUUAUCUUGAACAAUUCCCGGAACAGGCAACGAUUCAAGCGGUAGGAUGUCGCCACAAAAGUAUUCAUUUAGCCAAUGAAUUUGAAAGGGCUAUUGAAAAUAAAUUGUACGACGCUGCUGUCGUACCUGCUAUCAAACGCUAUAUCGAAAUAUUGCGGCAGCCCCUCGAGAAGAGAAUGAUGGCGCCUGGGAAGCCAUAUUAUGUCGUGUCAAUUCCCGUCGAGUUCUCUUCAGAUUUUGGCAAGAUCAAGGCACUUACUGAUCCCCAUACAAUGGCACCAAAUCAAUCUGGUCAGAGGCAACGAGAUCCGCUCGAGUUUCCCAAAUCCGAUGUUGGGGUACAAUGCGACAUCAACUUUUCUGCCCACCUGGCUCUCCAGAACACUCUUUUGCUACGCUGCUACUCGCAUACUGACCCGAGAGUCCGACCCAUGAUUCUAUUUGUCAAGCACUGGGCCAAAAUGCGUGGCAUCAACUCUGGAUACCGUGGCACUUUGAGUAGCUAUGGUUACGUGCUGAUGGUAUUGCACUAUCUCGUCAAUGUUGCGCAGCCCUUUGUGUGCCCCAAUCUCCAACAGCUCGCACCGGCGCCUCCCAACAACUUGACUCCGGCCGAGAUACAGUCCACGAUAAGCUGCCGAGGCUACAAUAUCCAAUUCUGGAGAAACGAGGAAGAAAUCAUUAGACUGGCAUCCCAAAAUCAGCUCAACAGAAACACCGAAAGCGUGGGGCACUUACUGAGAGGAUUUUUCGAAUAUUUCGCUCAAACCGGCAUGAUGGGCAAUGGUCUCAGUAGAGGGUUUGAUUGGGGCCGCAAUGUCAUUAGUUUGCGAACUCAUGGAGGAAUUCUGACAAAGCAAGAAAAGGGCUGGACGGGGGCAAAAACGGUAUAUGAGGUGCAGAAGACAGAUGCCGAUAAGCCUCAAACACCCGAUACACCUUCACGCCAAAAUACUCAACCGCCAGCCUCUCCACAGACUGCCAAGAAUGGAGAGGUCAAAGAGAUCCGACUUCGGUUUCUAUUCGCCAUUGAAGAUCCAUUCGAAAUAGACCACAAUGUGGCACGAACGGUGACACACAACGGCAUCGUCUCAAUCCGCAAUGAGUUCCGCCGAGCUUGGAGGAUACUUCGCGCCGCUGGUAAUGGAGACACUCAAGAGAAUUUGUUGCAGGACGUUGAAGACGAGAAGGAGGCCCCUGUUGCACUUUUGCAAUUACUUGCAGAUAUACAUGAAGCUACUCCAGUAUGAGAAAACUUGAUCAAGAGAAAUACAUUUUCUUCCCCAAGUAGCCAUACAGCCCCCAGUGACUGCGUGAAGUUUGAGUGUAAGAAAGAGAUUCAUGGAAAAGAAAGG